AUGGCAUGCCUCCAGUGCACUUCUGUAAUAGAUGAAAAUGAACAAUAUUAUGCUACCGAUGAUAUGGGUCCUGAAAUAAUUUCGGUCAUCGAGCGGUAUCUUGGCCAUCUGAUACCCGAGGGUGGUUUAAUAUGUUUUGCUUGUUGGGUACAUACUCGGCGUACAAUACAACAACAAGGAAUCAUAGCAGCUCCUGCUGUUAUGAAUAUGAAUGCAUGUGUAUGGUGCCGACGGUCUCUUGCCCAAACACGCAGCCACUCCAUACCUGAAGGACCUGAACGGACCAUAAUAACACAAACGAUAUAUCCAAGAGAGAUUCCACCAGGAGGACUGGUUUGCUAUGCUUGUUGGGUAGCAGCACGUAGAAAUGUGGAGCAUGCUACAAGGGUUGAGGAUAACCGGCAAGGCCCAUCUAAUCUUCACCAAGACUCUAUGUGUGCAUGGUGUAGAAUGUCGCUACACCGAAGGCGAACACAUGUGGCUAGUGGUCCUGUGAGAGAUGAAGUUGCAGCAAGAAUUUACCCCAAUGAGUUACCAGAACAUGCGCUACUUUGUUCCAACUGCUGGACACGUGCACACGAAAAUAUAGAAAUGGAGCAAGAAGUUGUGCAAUUUGAUAUCCAGCCACCAAGUGCAUCAAUAACACUUGAUGGUUUUACACACACAACACAGACAAGUACUCAUUGUUUUGUGCCGGCCUGUAACAAUGUAGAACGAAAUAGAGUGCCGGAAUACUUAAGAAGAAUUAUAUUAAAAUCGGAAAAAAUAUUUGUGACAGAAAAUGCAAGAGUAUGUAAUGAACAUAAAUGUUUAUACAACUGGGAGUUUCUGGACCAGCAUCAGUUCUCAAAUACAUUUACAAAAAAUGAAAUAGAGUCAAUGCUGAAGCUGAGUAUCCAGGACAAUGAAAUAAAUCAACUAGAUUUUAAUAAUAUGAGUAGUAUUGAUGAGGGACUCUUUAAGUUCUGGACUGGAAUUACAAAAGACAAUUUUAUAAAUAUUUUAAAUGUAAUAAGCCCAGCAUUGACUUGCAAAAACCAAAAAAUUGCUUUGGGAAUCUAUUUGGUGAAAGCUCGUACAGGGGACUCCCAUGAAAGGAUUGCCUCUCUGUUUCAUCUGACCAAGUCCUCAAUAACACGAUUGCUUAGAGUAGCUAAAGAGGCAUUGCUAAGGUUAUUUGUGCCUCUCCACUUAGGAAUCAAUCAUACAAGAAAUGAUUUAAUAAAUAGGAAUUUAUUAAUACCCGAGGGUCAUUCACUUCAAAAGAAAUGGAAAAAUAUAAGAAGCUGCUUUUCGCGAGAAGUACGAAGAUUAAAAAAUACUAAAAGCGGAUCUACUGCUUCCCAUAAAACUCCCUAUAUUUAUUAUAAUCAGCUGUUAUUUUUGAAGAAUACCGUUGGUAAUUUGAACACAGAGAGUAACAUUGCUGAACAAGAACAUUUGACAAAUGAUCAAGAACCUUUAGGACCUUACUCGAGAGAAAAUAUAGUCGGAAGAAAAAAGAAAAAAACGUCAGAUGAUGGCACAAGCGAACUGUUAACCACAUUAAACAAGUGUAGUGAAACUCGCAAAAAUAAGGAGGAUAUUUUGGAACAAGAUGAGGACAGAAUGUUCCUGAUGUCCCUAUUAUCAUCAUUUAGGGCAAUUCCGGAGCACAAAAAGUCAGCUGCGAAAAUUCAAUUAAUCAGUGUAAUCGAAUCAUUCCGAUCCUCUACUCAAAAUAAUAUAUAUCCAAACACAAUGUGGCGAAAUUUUAAUGAGUACGAGUAUGAGCGUGGUUACUUCACACCGGAGGCCGGGCGUUCAACAGCACCAAGUCAACAAUCACGCCCUGAAGCACAACAUUAUUAUACGUUACCAACUUCAACUCCUUCAGAACGUGAACGCCCAGAGGCGCGAUUUUCUACUGUCACUUCAAAUACCUCGCAAGAUUCUGACAUUUUGGAUCUAUUUUGA